AUGGAAGAACCCACAAGGAAGGCGGCCAAACAAGAAAUUACAGAAUCUCUAAAGAUAGUACUAUACAGCAUGCAACAUAUAGGAUUCUCGUUCGACAAACCUAAGAAUGCUUCAGCUUAUUUACGCCAAAAAUUCAUUUUAAUCAUAUCUGUUUGCGGGAUCUGCCUUCAUGUGUUCAGUGAACUCGUUUACAUACUGUUCACGUUCGCAAGCACUCCUAGCAUUGAAGAUGUCGUGCCACUCUUCCAUACUUUUGGUUACGGCGUUUUGAGUGUUGCAAAAAUAUUCGCUUUCUGGUACAAAAAAUCUGUAUUCGGGGAAUUGGUAGAUGAACUAGCUGAGAUAUGGCCUAUGCCUCCUAUGAGUGAAGAUGCGGAAAAUUUAAAACAAAAAAGUUUAUCCGCUUUACGAAUUAGCCAUCGAUGGUACUUUAGUGUGAACAUCAUGGGAGUGUGGUUUUAUAACUUGACUCCAAUAAUUAUAUAUUGCUACCGAGUUUGGCAGGAGCAAGAGGCGGAGAUUGGCUUUGUUUGGGCGUCUUGGUAUCCCUUCGACAAACAUCGGCCUAUUGCACAUGUUGGUUGUUACUUGUUUGAAAUGUAUGCAGGUGUAACUUGUGUUUGGAUAAUGGUUUCUUCCGAUUUGCUUUUCUCGGGAAUGGCAAGCCAUAUUGCUUUGUUGCUGAGGAUCUUGCAAAGGCGUUUUGAGUCUUUGGCUUCUAUUGAGAAGAGUGACGAUGAAAACUUUGAAGAGAUACGCUCUAACAUCAAAUUACAUCAACGACUUAUAAGCUAUUGUAACAGUUUGGAAGAAGCGUUCUCUCUCGUUAACCUUAUUAAUAUCGUGAUGAGCUCCAUAAAUAUUUGUUGUGUUGUAUUUGUAAUUGUGCUGCUCGAGCCCGUGAUGGCAAUAAGUAAUAAAUUAUUUUUGGCAUCAAUUUUGAUUCAAGUCGGGUCUAUGUGCUGGUAUGCUGAUGAUAUUCUUCACGCUAACGAAAACAUAUCCGUCGCCGUGUACAAUAGCGGUUGGUAUAAAACGAGUCCCCGUUGUCGACGUACUCUUCUCUUCAUUAUCCGUAGAUCUCAAAAGCCUAUCGGUUUCACUGCUAUGAAAUUCACAAAGAUCUCACUGAAAACCUACUCUUCGAUAUUAACGAGGUCGUACUCAUAUUUUGCUCUUCUCUACACAAUGUACAGCGAAAAAUAAAUUACAUAUGAUGACAACACAAAUAAAAUCACAAAACCUAUAAAUUUAUAACUCACUGCACAUAAAGUGGAAAAGAAUGGAAGUGUA